UUUCGAACCGAGCGUCGUUCAACAUCCUGAGAGCCGGAGCUUGCCUAAGAAGGAGCGAGCAGUUGCGCGAUCCCUUCACUUCGCGUGCUCUUGUGCGAACCCACGAUAUACUUUUCCCCCCGUCGAAAAUGCGAUACAAAAAUUUCACGUGAAAGUGACCAAAAAAUAUUCGGUUAAAGUAGAUAUUUAUUAAUAAUUUAGUGAAAAGGGUUCCUUUUAAAAAAAAGAACGAUGGCAACACCUGGAAUUCGGAACGAUAGUGACGAUAACUUUUCCGACGAUGAAAGUGUUCCACUUACACAGGAUAUCUACGGCGGAAGCCAAAGAACCGUUUCGGAAACGAAAGGAUGGGACGUCUUCAGGGAUCCCCCAAUCAAGGAAGAGUCCGGUUCUAUGGCCAACCAAAAAUGCUUAGAAAUUACGGUGAAAAUCACGAAAGUCAUAGCUUAUAUCGUUACCUUUGUGAUAGUGUUAGGAUCGGCCGUGGUGGCCAAGGGAACUUUAUUAUUUAUGACAUCGCAACUCAAACCAGAAAAGACGAUAUUAUAUUGUAACAAAGAAUUAGGACGAGAUAAGCAGUUUAUAGUCAAGCUACCAGAGGCGGAACGAGUGGUGUGGAUGUGGUGCCUGUUUUUCGCCUUCUGCAUACCACAACUGGGGGCACUCUUCAGGUCGACAAGGAUGUGUUUCUUCAAAUCUUGGAAGAAACCACUCUUCUCGCACUUUCUCAUCUUCUUCAUCGCGGAGUCCGCCCAUACCAUUGGUCUGGCGAUACUAGUCUUCCACAUACUACCAGAAAUGGACGUCGUUAAGGGAGCAAUGCUCACGAAUUGCGUCUGUUUCGUUCCGGCCGUUCUUGGUCUUCUUUCGAGAAAUAAUAAAGAGUCAACGCGUUUUAUUAAAGUUAUAGUGGAUCUCAUAGCAAUAGCGGCACAAGCAACUGGUUUUGUGGUGUGGCCGCUCAUAGAAAAUAAACCCGAUCUUUGGUUAUUACCAUUUUCGAUCUUUUUAAUUUCGAUCGGUUGGUGGGAAAAUUAUAUUUCACCACACUCGCCGAUUCCAUUCAUAAAAAAAUUGGGUAAAUUAAAAGACGAAUUUGACUCCACCAGAUAUUUCGCUUACGUUUUCUUGUCCAUCUGGAAAAUCUUAUUAUUUUUUGUAGCAAUAAUUUUUAUUAUCAUAAUCAAAGAAGGCGAAGUAGGGUUCUUAUUUUACGAAUUUUCUGGAGGUUUCGCCAGUCAUAAAAUUACAAUCACCGAAAUUAAGCCAUUCUUAGGUGGAACAUCUCUUCCAGAUAUUUCUGAUAUAAUCCCAACUGGUGAUGAUACAUUUAUCGAUUCCAACGAUAUGACCCCGAUUUUUGUACUCCUCAUUAACGUUUGCGGGUCUUAUUUCGCAUAUGUCUUCGGAAAAUUUGCCUGCAAAAUUAUGAUCCAAGGAUUUUCAUACGCGUUUCCGGUGAAUUUAACAAUUCCUGUAUCAAUAUCUCUCUUAAUAGCCGCUUGCGGUUUACGCAAUGGUGACCCAUGCUUCUUUUAUGACUCAAUGCCAUCUUACCUUUUCUUCGAGAGUCCCCCAGAAGAGUUCCUAAAUCGAUUCAUUUCGCACCAACACGCUUGGGCGUGGUUACUUUGGUUAUUAUCACAAACCUGGGUCACCUUACACAUUUGGACCCCGAAAUGCGAGCGUUUAGCAAGAACCGAAAAAUUAUUCGUUAUUCCCAUGUAUGAUUCAUUCCUCAUAGAUCAAAGUUUAGCGAUGAAUAGAAGAAGGGAUGACGAAGCCGACGUAAAACCUGAAGACUUGGACGAGCUACAAAAAGAGAAAGGAGACGAAUAUUACGAAACCAUCUCCAAUCACACCGACGGAUCGACACCUAAAACAAUUAAAAAUUCCGAUCAUAUAACAAGAAUUUAUGCUUGCACCACCAUGUGGCACGAAAACAAAGAGGAAAUGAUAGAAUUUUUAAAAUCAAUCUUGCGGAUGGACGAAGAUCAAUCGGCGAGAAGGGUGGCCCAAAAAUAUUUGAGAGUCGUAGAUCCGGAUUAUUACGAAUUUGAAACUCAAAUCUUUUUCGACGACGCCUUUGAAAUUUCAGAUGUAAACGAUGAUGAUACCCAAGUGAAUCGUUUCGUUAAGCUUUUAUGCGAUACAAUCGAUGAGGCUGCAUCGGAAGUACAUCAAACAAAUAUUAGAAUUAGACCUCCAAAGAAAAUACCCACACCUUACGGCGGCAGAUUAAUUUGGACCUUACCCGGAAAAACCAAAAUGAUCGCUCACUUAAAAGACAAAAUGAAAAUAAGACACAGAAAACGAUGGUCGCAAGUUAUGUACAUGUACUAUUUACUAGGUCAUAAAUUAAUGGAACUCCCAAUAUCAGUUGAUCGCAAAGCCGUAAUUGCAGAAAAUACUUAUUUGUUAACUUUAGACGGCGAUAUUGAUUUCCAACCAUCCGCAGUGACCCUAUUAAUUGAUUUGAUGAAAAAGAAUAAAAAUUUGGGUGCCGCUUGCGGGCGAAUUCACCCGGUUGGUUCAGGUCCGAUGGUUUGGUACCAAGAAUUCGAAUAUGCUAUUGGGCAUUGGCUUCAAAAAGCUACCGAACACAUGAUUGGAUGCGUACUUUGUAGCCCAGGUUGUUUCUCACUUUUUAGAGGAAAAGCUCUCAUGGACGAUAACGUAAUGAAAAAAUAUACCACUAAGGCCACCGAAGCUCGCCACUACGUCCAAUACGAUCAAGGAGAAGACCGUUGGUUAUGCACUUUAUUACUACAACGAGGAUAUCGAGUUGAAUAUUCAGCUGCUUCGGAUGCUUACACUCACGCCCCGGAAGGUUUUAACGAAUUUUUUAAUCAACGAAGACGAUGGGUGCCUUCAACUAUAGCUAAUAUCAUGGAUUUACUCAUGGAUUCAAAACGAACCAUCGAGAUCAACGAUAACAUUUCAAUGCCUUACAUUGGGUAUCAAAUCCUCCUUAUGGGGGGUACCAUCCUUGGACCCGGAACUAUAUUUCUUAUGUUGGUGGGAGCCUUCGUGGCAGCUUUCCAAAUCGAUAAUUGGACCAGCUUUUAUUACAACAUAAUCCCUAUUUUAUUCUUCAUGUUGGUUUGUUUCGUUUGCAAAUCAAAUCUUCAAUUAAUAUGCGCCCAGAUACUUUCAACAGCUUACGCAUUAAUUAUGAUGGCGGUUAUAGUUGGUACUGCCCUUCAAUUACGCGAGGAUGGAAUCGGAUCUCCAUCGGCCAUAUUUUUAAUCGCUAUGACGGGCUCGUUCUUUAUAGCAGCUUGUCUUCACCCGCAAGAAUUUAAAUGCAUCGUUCACGGAAUUAUUUAUCUUUUGUCGAUCCCUUCUAUGUACUUGCUUUUAAUUUUGUACUCAAUUAUCAAUCUUAACGUGGUAUCUUGGGGUACGCGCGAAGUUCCUGUGAAGAAAACGAAGAAGGAAUUAGAAGAAGAAAAGAAACAAGCUGAGGAGGCGAAGAAAAAAGCCAAACAAAAAUCGUUACUUGGUUUUCUUCAAGGGGGAGGAACUAGCGAUGAUGAUGCUGGGAGUAUUGAAAUAUCAUUAGCAGGUCUUUUUAAGUGUAUGUUGUGUACGCAUCAAGCUAAUGGGGAUGAAAAGGCUCAAUUGAUUCAUAUCGGGGAUUCUUUGGAGACGUUAAGUAAAAGAUUGGAUCAUAUUGAAAAAGUAUUAGAUCCCCAUCAUCACCAUCACCACACCUCAAGAAAACGAAGCAUGUCUGCAUCAUCCCAUGAUCACCACUUAGGUGCUGUACCAGAAGAAGGCGAGAAAGAUGAUAGCUCAAGUGAUAGUGACUCAGAAAGUACCGCAUCUGCACCGAGAAUUAAGCGCGAUGAAUUAGUGAAUCCUUAUUGGAUUGAGGACCCAGAUCUGAGAAAAGGAGAAGUGGAGUACUUGAGUUCUAAUGAAAUUCAAUUUUGGAAAGAUUUAUUAGAAAAGUAUUUGUAUCCUAUUGAUGAAGAUAAAGAUGAGAAGGCUCGUAUAGCAAACGAUCUAAAGGAGCUUAGAGACCAAUCCGUUUUUGCCUUCUUUAUGGUAAAUGCACUGUUUGUUUUGAUUGUAUUCUUGCUCACAUUGAAGAAGGAUAACCUACACAUAAAGUGGCCAUUUGGCGUUAGGACAAACAUAACUUAUGACGAUGUUACUCAAGAGGCGAAAAUAGCUCGGGAGUUGAUUGAACUGCGAAACAAGUCUGUUUUUGCAUUCUUCAUGUUCAAUGCUCUGUUUGUCUUGGUAGUGUUUCUGCUGCAGCUUAAUAAGGAUCAAAUCCAUGUUAAGUGGCCGCUUGGGAUACGUACAAAUGUUACGUAUAUAGAAGAAACAGCCGAGGUUCACAUAACGAAAUCUUACCUCCAAUUGGAACCGAUCGGUUUGGUGUUUGUGUUCUUCUUCGCCCUCAUUCUGGUCAUUCAGUUCACUGCCAUGUUGUUCCAUCGUUUCGGUACUUUAGCUCAUAUACUUGCCUCCACUGAAUUAAACUUCUUCAGUUGUACAAAGAAGAAAGAAGAUCUUUCUCCAAAUGCAUUAUUAGAUCGGCAAGCAGUGGAAAUCGUUAAACAGCUACAAAAACUUCAAGGAAUCGACGAUGGUGACUACGAAAAUGAUUCGGGGUCGGGUCCAGAUCGAAUAGGAAGAAGAAAAACUAUACACAAUUUAGAACGAGCCGCACAGCGUAAAAGACAAAUCGGAACUUUAGAUGUUGCGUUUAAAAAACGCUUUGCUAAACUUAAUGCAAACGGAGCUGAUGGAACUCCAAUUUUAAGUAGAAGAUUAACGAUGAGAAGAGAAACAAUGAAAGCAUUGGAGGUACGAAUUAACUCGGUGAUGGCAGAACGAAGAAAAUCUCACAUGCAAACAUUAGGAGCCAAAAACGAAUUUGGUAAUAAUAAUGCAAGAAAUCAUCGAAAUAGCGUAGCUAGUAGUAUUCCGGCAAAAGAGAUAUUCGAAAACGGACAAGUAAAUAAAGCAUUCGAAGAGGAUCAUUAUGGAAGUAGGACUUCUUUGCCAAUGCAAACUAGAAACACCGUCCAAUGGAAACAACAAACGAAUAGAUUAUAGGCAAAUUAAAUAAUUAAAAAAAAGAAGACAAAAAAAAACACUGCCAAACAGAAAAGAAUACUCACUCAAUUUUUUAAGUUCAUAAAUACUCUACAAACUAUUAAUACUCUUUCGUGAUCUACAAAUUUUCUUCUUUUAAAGAAAAAUAAGUUUUCAAUACGAUAAGACUAAAUAUGUUUAAGCUCAAAACUUUUAUUAUUAUUAUUAUUAAAGACGACUUUUUUGUACAUGUAUUUAAAACAAUUUGUGUAUUUAUGUAAACCUUUUUAUUGUAUGUGAUACACAAUAAAAAUUUGUAAAUAAA